GCUCUGCCUGUGGCUUCCGCGCAGUCUAUCGUCAUCAAAUUCGGAUUGGGCCACUCAUGUCCUUAUUUGACACCUUACACCUACUAUACGAGAUAUACAACCACUAUAGAAGCACCCCCGGCGGUGAUAGCAUAAUUCGCCGAAUUUACCGUGCUAUACGAGAGGUAGUAGUGGUACGACUUUACCGACAUCUAAGGAGCGAGCAGGUUGACCAGAGAAACAUAGAAGGUGCUCCGCCGACUGCAACCCUACUCUCCCGCUUCGAGAAAACUGUUUAUAAUACUCGGAUCAGACACCUGUUCUCCAUUGUGUUGAUAUUGCAGUAUGUGAAGCUUUGUGGCUUCUACGGCAUUCCCGUAUCGUUCUCUCUGGCAACUGUAUAUUUUGUUUCAUGGAUCAUUAUGGAAAUGAUACUGCUAGUUGGUGAAGGGGGUGCCGCAAUGGAUCCUGGAGGGGUGGAUCACUCAACGGCAGAUUCGAGUUUGCCGAUUAUUUCAAAUUUUGGCGGGACUAUAGUCUUUUUACUUCAGCUCAUGAUGGCCCUCAUCGGGGCGGCGAUAUUUCUUGUUGUUAGAUCCGGCUUUUGUGGAUUCUUGCUCAAACGCCCGGAAAGGUUAUCAAUUCUCUCUUUUCGCUGUGCCAUAUAUCUGGGGUUUUGAGUUUCACCCCAAUGUUGGUUGGGGCACAUGUUUCUCCUUUACUUUGUCUCUCGUAGGACUGUGGGACGGGUCUUAUGGCAUUGUACUUCGGGAAUAACCUUCGGUAUCUAUUGCACAUCCGAGGCCAUU